AUGGCUCCUCAGCCGGCACAAAAGUCUACCACCUCCCCCUGGAUAGUCCUCGCCGUGGCGAGCGGCGCAUUCGCUGCACUGAACGGGGUCUUCGCAAAGCUCACAACGGAUAACAACACAACCGCCUUUGCGCAGUCCCUCGCGCACUUCUUCGGCUUGGACUCCUCGCCGUUCCUAGAGCUCAUGGUCCGCGGUGCUUGUCUGGGCCUCAACGUCGUCUGCAACAUCAUCAUGUGGGCUCUCUUCACCCGUGCCUUGACGGCCGGCCCGUCUACCGUGAAGGUGUCAAUUACCAACACCGCAUCGAACUUCCUGGCUACCGCCUUGCUAGGCAUGAUCGUGUUCCGCGAGGCUGUUGGUGGGCUUUGGUGGCUUGGAGCUGCGAUGAUGGGGGCGGGUUGUAUUUUGGUUGGGAUGCGCGAGGGGGGGCAUAGAGGGAGCUUAAUACCUGAAAUGUGA